AUGAAUUCGAGAUUUCAUUCUGACCUUUCAAAAGAUCUUUUGUUAAUGUUAAAUGAUAAAGAAGAUUAUAAUGUAAUUAUUCAAGUUGGAGAAAAUCAUAAUAUGAAAGAAUUUCGUACUCAUUCAAAUAUCUUAAGAGCUCGUUCACCUUAUUUUAAGAGUGCACUUUCAGCUAAAUGGACUACUAAAAGGAACAAUAAUAAUUCUACAAAGAACAAUAUUAUUGAGUUUAAAAAACCAAAUAUUGAUCCUAAAGUUUUUGAAAUUAUUCUUAAGUUUAUUUAUACGGGUGAAGUGGAUUUAUAUAGGCAAUCGGGCGAAAAUAUCCUUGGAGUUUUGGUUGCAUCAGAUGAACUUCUUCUCAAGAAAUUAUUUGAUCACGUUCAAGAUUAUUUAAUUGAAAGACAAACAAGCUGGAUUAAACAAAAUUUUGUUCAUGUCCUCCAUACGGUCUUCAAAAUUCCCAAUUGUGAGAGAUUGAAAGAUUAUUGUCUUGAAUCUAUUUGCGCAAAUCCUCAACCACUCAUUACUUCAGAGGAUUUUUCAUUACUUGAUAAAGAUAUUCUUCAUAGCUUGCUUGAACGAGACAAUUUGAAUCUUGAAGAAAUUGUUGCCUGGGAUUGUUUGAUUAAAUGGGGUAUUGAUCAAACUUUUGGUUUAGGAAGCGAAAAUAACGAUAGAACAAAAUGGGAUGAUGAUGAUUACGAAGCAUUAAAGGAAACUAUAAGUCAAUUUAUACCACUUAUUCGAUUUGUGGGAAUUUCUCCUGCAGAUUUUUAUGAUAAAGUUCGUCCUUAUAAAGCUGUUAUUCCUUAUUAUAUUUAUGAAGAAGUUACUGAAUUCUAUUAUAAAAAUGCCUUACCAAAGACCACAAUUUUACCUCCACGAUAUGAGAAGACUCAAAUCGAAUCAAAACUUAUUAAACCUAAACUUGCAGAGAUAAUUGCUAGUUGGAUCGAAAGAAAAGACGGUAAAAAUCUAUCACCCCUAUCAUCCACGAAAACUUACAAGUUUGAUCUUCUUUAUCGUAGUAACCGAGAUGGAAUGAGUUACAAAACAUUUCGUCUUAAAUGCAAAGGCCAAGGACCAUGUUUGGGAUUAGUUAAAAUGAAAAACAAAAACAAAAUUUAUGGAGGUUACAAUUCACGUAACUUUUCGUAUUCUAGAGUUGAAUACUAUAAUCCGAUUGGAAGUUUUAUAUUUUCUUUUGAAAAUAGUGAAGAUAAUCAUAAUAUGAAAAUGAAUCGUUUUAAAAGUGGCUUUUUUCCGCGCAAUAAAGGAUUUAAUUUUGGUAAUGCUAUUUAUAUGAGUGGUCGAUACGUACAUUUUGAUAGUAACCAUGAUAAUAAAAUUAGCAAUGUAUUAGACCUAGUGGAUGUGAAGGAUGAAUGUAUUCAAUUUAUUCCGGAGAAUGUUGAAGUCUUUAAAGUAACUACUUCUUGA